AUGGGAUCGCCUCAAGAUUCUCAUAACCUGGCGUUUGCGGAAUCCGACUGGGUCGGUAUCGCGGGUGUCCCAGGCGGAUUCAGAAUUGAGAAGGAGAAAAAGGCGACCUGGGUUCGUCGCUUCGACGUAGGUGUAAGGCCGACUUGGGUCCAGCUUGGCGAAUAUGGCAAAGCGUUUUGGGACCACAUUGCGGUAAACGACGGCACACACUUCCGCACAGAUGAAACGAAAAGCCGGAUCGUGGCAACAAUGUGUUACCCAAACGGACCCUCAAAGGGCUACACAAUUUUCCAGAGCACCAUUCCCAGGGGUGAGUGGCGGGAUCGCAUGUUGCGCGAUAGGCAUAAGAAGAAGGAAGAGAGGACUGCUCCCCGGUGGUGCUGGGCCGCAUACACACCAACCUCGGCCGGGGCAGCUACCAAGCUGGAGAUCCAUGCCGAGGACGGCGCCGCAUUCUUGUGUGAACGGGAC